CGAUGUCUCAGUCGUUUGCAGGAGCAGCGUGACACGUACGUCGAAGGAGCUGGUACGAAGCUGGGAACGCGUGCAUGUGGUGUUUUGGUGGCAUGGUGGGGUAGCUGCAUCCCAGACACGGACGUAAUCCUUCCUGCACCAGCAUGAUAAAGCUAUGAGGCCCGCGCUGGCCGGGCUAAAUACCUCAUCUUGCUUCUCCACAGGAACCUUUCUUCUCCAAUUCUUCUCUUCUGCACGCCAAUUGCUCUUCUAAAGCCAUCAUGGUGCACGUCAACCGCGUUUCCACCGACAAGGAGAUUGAGUCUAUCCGCUCUCAGUACGAGAGCAUCGACACUAUCCCCCUCACCGAGGAAGAGGAGCAAGACGACUUCACAGCCACAGUCUAUGGCAGCAAGUAUGCUGGCGAGGACUUGCCCCGCCAUGAGAUGCCUGAGCGUGAGAUGCCGGCUGCGGUCGCGCACCGUAUGAUCAAGGAUGAUCUUACGCUCGAUGGCACACCGACACUCAACUUGGCGUCGUUCGUCACUACUUACAUGGAGAAGGAGGCUGAGGAGCUUAUGGUUGACGCCUUCUCCAAGAACUUCAUCGACUAUGAAGAGUAUCCCGUCAGCGCCGAUAUCCAGAACCGAUGCGUGUCCAUGAUCGCUAGGCUGUUCAAUGCCCCGUCUCACGAUGAUGCCAACACGAUCGGUACCUCGACCAUUGGCUCCUCAGAGGCUAUCAUGUUGGGUGUACUCGCUAUGAAGAAACUCUGGCAGAAGAAGCGCAAGGCUGAGGGCAAGUCGACUGAGAACCCCAACAUUGUCAUGAACGCGGCUGUGCAGGUUUGCUGGGAGAAAGCUUGCAGGUACUUCGAUGUUGAGGAGAAGUACGUCUACUGCACCAAGGAUCGCUACGUGAUCGACCCCAAGGAGGCCGUCGACCUCGUUGAUGAGAACACAAUCGGUAUCUGCACCAUCCUCGGAACCACUUACACCGGCGAGUACGAAGACACAAAGGCUAUCAAUGAUCUCCUCAUCGAACGCAACAUCGACUGCAACAUUCACGUUGACGCUGCUUCUGGUGGUUUCGUCGCCCCGUUCGUCAACCCUGGUCUGCUGUGGGAUUUCCGUCUCGAGAAGGUCUCAUCCAUCAACGUGUCCGGCCACAAGUACGGCCUCGUAUACCCUGGUGUUGGUUGGGUCGUGUGGCGUGACCCUAAGUACCUCCCUCAGGAACUCAUCUUCAACAUUAACUACCUCGGUGCCGAUCAGGCAUCUUUCACCCUCAACUUCUCGCGUGGAGCGUCGCAGAUCAUUGGGCAGUACUACCAGCUGAUCCGCCUCGGCAAGCGCGGUUACAGGAGGAUUAUGUUGAACUUGACCCGCAUCGCUGAUUACCUUGCUGCCAACCUUGAGAACUUGGGUUUCAUCAUUUUGAGUCAGGGGAAGGGCGAGGGUCUGCCGCUUGUUGCUUGCCGUCUCGAUAAAGAUCUUGACAAGAAGUACGACGAGUUCGCUGUGUACGUUGCCCAUCAGCUCCGCGAACGUGGCUGGGUCGUACCCGCUUACACCAUGGCGCCACACUCGGAGAAGAUGAAGCUCAUGCGCAUUGUCGUUCGCGAGGACUUCACCAAGUCGAGAUGCGACGCGCUGAUCUCCGACUUCAAGCUCGCCCUGCAAACACUUGACUCCCUCGACGCGAAGAAGAUCGAGGAACACAAGGAGCACCAAUUCUCCAUGCGCCGCCGCACGACACUGCACCAGCCCAUAGUCAAGAAGAGCACGCAGGAGAUCUAUGGAGACGAGGACCACAGUCUUCAGGGCCAGCACGAGAAGACACAUGCUGUCUGCUAAGUAUCCACAAGGAGUCAGCAUACGUAAUGCCAAUGUUCUCGCAUGAAGUAAUGAUGAGGGUAUAGAUGUGAACUGUCGAUUGGUGUACUAUCGAAGGGCGAAUAUGUAUGGUGCAAGGGCAUGGACGCUGACUAACGAGCUGGUCAGUGAGAGCGCCUGCUGCGCGGGACAAGUAACGACGAGAAUGAAAUAAGCAACGAUGAACAUGAU